AUGCUCCGAGGCGCGCGCGAGAAGCACGCGCACGCGCUGCGGCGGACCGUCUCCGAGACGGAGAAGUUCGCGCUCCUGAGGGGCGACGACCGCGACGACGGCGGCGCGACGCGCGCGUGCGGCGCGGCGCUCGCGCGCGCGCGCGCGUGGCUCGCGUCGUGCCCGUGGACGUUCGCGUGCUGCGCCCUUCUCGCGGUCGCGCUCGCGUGGACGGGGGUGUUCCUGUGCGACGUCGCCGCGACGGCCGCGCUGACGGACGGCGCCGCCGCGGCGUCGGCGACGUCCGAGCCGUACGGGUGGUACGGCAAGCUCAAGGACGACGCGUCCGCGCGGCUCGCGCUCACGAAGGCGGGGCUGUGGGGGGCGCUCAGAGGCGACGACGGCGGCGGCGCGUCCGAGGGAAGCGACGCCGCGCGUUUCAGGCGCGCGACGAGGGAAAAGUGCGGCGAGGACGCGCGCGGCGGGGCGCUCGGUCUUCCGAUGUAUUCCUACCGCGACGCGAUGGCGGACAAGGACGCGAGCGUGAACGUCCGCGACAUCGCGCGGUCCGCGGCGCGCGACCGCCGCGACUUCGCCAAGAUCCAGUGGGAGAGCGAAGCCGCGGACAGAGCGUGGAGAGCGCGCGACGCGGACGCGGCGGGCGGCGCCGGCGCCGCAGCCGGCGGCGCCGCGUCGCUCCGCGCCGCCGCCGCCGCGACGGACGUCGUCGCGCGGCUCGGCCGCCGCCGCCUCGACGACGCGUAUCCGCCGCCGCCGCCUCCUCCUCUUCCCCCCCCGCGCGCGCCGCCGCGGAAGCUCAAGCGCCUGAUCGCGACGCAUCACAAGACGGGGACCGCGUUGAUGCGCGACGUCUUCCACGCCGUCGGCGAAAAGUACCCCGAGUACGGCGGGUUCGCGGACGUGCGGGACGUGGAGGAUCACCCGAGGAAGUACGACGCGCGGGAGAUAGCGGACGUGCGAGGGAAAGGGAUCGUGCUGGAUUAUCACCUCGGGAAGGCGUUGCCGCGGUUUUUGUUCCCUCGCGGCGCGGCCGCGGCGGCGGGCGACAGCGGCGACGGCGACGGCGACGACGGCGACGACGCGCGCGAGUGCGCGUCGUUCCCUUCCGUCUUCACCUCCCCCCCUCCCGCGUCGAACGCGUCGUCGCCGCCGCCGCUUCAGGCGACGCCGUACCGCAUGGUACACGUCGUCAGAGACCCCGUCGAGGUCCUCGUCAGCGGUUUCUUGUAUCACCGACGACGCCCCGCGGACGAGCAGUGGCUGUUCGAGCCCGUGAAGGAACUGAGAGGCAAGACGUACGCGGACCAUCUCACGACCGCGAACCCCGCGGAGGCGAUGAUGGCGGAGCUCUCCAUGGCGGACGACGAGCUCCGCAUGCUCGCGCUGGCGUACCGUGACGUGGAGCGCGACCCGAACGCGAUGAACGUCAAGCUCGAGGAGUUCUUCGACGACUUCGACGCCGCGGCGGGGAAAGUGUUUCGAUUCUUGCGGUUCGACGAGCGCGACAUCCCCGAGCUCGUGAAGCUCGCGGGGACGUUCGACAUGCGACGGUGGACGGAGGAGGAGCUCAAGGUGAACGAGCACUUCACGCGGCGCGAGGACCGAACGCCGUACCAGGCCGUGGUCAGGGAGGACGGGUUCCUAAACAAGACGAUGAGCGCGUUGAGAUACGCGCUCGGGUACGAAGACGCGUUUCCUCUCCACGCGUGA